GGCGUAUAACAGCGAAGAUUGACGUGGAGGACGCGUCAAAUUAAUUCCAGCAAACUCCGGACUCCCCGGGAUAACUCCAAUUCGCUUUUAUCGGAUGAAGAUCACUUUGGUGCCAUUGUACCUUGCAGUCACUCGCUUCCAAAAAAGAAGGGGGCGCGCUGCACUCGGACGAGAUUUUAAGAGGUCUCUUUUUCCUUUUCUGGGGCUCAUUCCUCCCCGCUCCCCUUCCUUCUCUGCCUUCGCUCGGACGCAUUCAGCCAUUUGAAGGGGCACCUACACUUCACCAGCAUCUCGAAACAUAUAGGCAAAUGGAGCAAACCUAUGGAGAGGUGAACCAGUUAGGCGGCGUGUUCGUCAAUGGGCGACCCCUGCCCAAUGCCAUACGGUUAAGAAUAGUGGAGCUGGCUCAGCUCGGGAUCAGACCGUGCGAUAUAAGCCGGCAACUCCGAGUCUCCCACGGCUGCGUGAGCAAGAUUUUGGCGAGGUACAACGAAACGGGCUCCAUUUUACCCGGUGCCAUCGGUGGAAGCAAACCACGGGUCACGACGCCUAACGUGGUGAAAAAUAUCAGGGACUACAAACAAGGCGACCCCGGGAUCUUUGCCUGGGAGAUCCGGGACAGGCUUUUGGCAGAUGGAGUUUGCGACAAGUACAAUGUCCCGUCGGUUAGCUCGAUCAGCAGGAUUUUACGCAACAAGAUUGGAAAUCUCUCCCAGCCCAACCAGUAUGAGAGCAGCAAGCAAGCCUCCGCGCAGGCUGGGCUCUCCUACAACCACAUAUACCCUUAUUCCUACCCCAACACCAUGUCGCCCACUGGCACUAAAAUGGGCAGCCCCCCUGGAGUACCGGUGACGGCUGGACAUAUGAGCAUAUCCAGGGCCUGGCCUUCUGCACACACCGUCAGCAACAUCCUCGGUAUACGAGCCUUCAUGGACCCUGCAGCCAUUGCUGGGGCGGAGGGAUAUCCACCAAAAAUGGAGGAGUGGAGUAGCGUCAACAGAGCAGCUUUCCCCGCGGCUCACGCAGUCAACGGGAUCGACAAAUCAGCCAUUGACGCCGACAUAAAAUACGCUCAGCCCUCCUCGACACUGUCCAGUUAUGUCUCGGCGUGCGCUUACUCUCCCACCAACCAGUACGGGGUGUACAGCGGGCCAGCAGGCGGCUACGUGGCCUCGGGCCACCACCACUGGCAGCCGCAGAGCCCGGCCCUGUCCCACCCUGGCAGCGGGAUGAGCAUGCAUGCAGGGGAGAUCCACCCGUCGAUGACCUUCAAGCAUCAGGCCCGAGAAGGAGAUAGAAAACCGCCCAGUCCCCUGAGCAAGCAGCAGCAGCAACAUGAAGACUUGAACAGUGUGCAUGGACUCAGUCUCACCUCCUCAUCAUAACCGGGACUUAUACCACCUUAAUUACCAGACCCAUUUAACUGAACUCAUUUCAACAACUCCAACAGUAAGUCUGAACACUAACGACUUGCUUCCCCGAGUGUUUGUAGCUUACAGUCAAACACAGGCCUAUUCACAUGCAUUAUGAAUACAGUAUAGCUUUAUCGGCCUUCAUGGCCACAUGAAUGUAAGCUUGCAUGGAUGUAUUGGUGUUUCCCCUCAUUGGUUGAUAGUUUUUUUCCCCUCUCCAUUGAAAAUACUUCAUGUUGCUAAACUGUGUAUUGUCUAAUGGAGACUGCAGGAUUUAAAAAAUAAUAAUAAUUUUUGUCAGUCCAGUCUGUCAUUGAUAUUUUAUUAUAAAACAAAGGGUUAUUCUGUAAUCCGCCAUAUAUUAUAUGAUCUUAAUUUGUGGCCAUGAUCUCGAUUCUACAGUGACUCAACGAUGUGAAACAAGAGAUAAAUUGUCUAAAUGUAAAAUAUUUGCCAAAGCUUUAAUUAUAUAUUUUUAUAAUUUCAUUGUAAAUAUUAAAAAAAAAAUAAAGGCUUUCUUAAAU